UGGAAAGGGUAAAUAAAUUAAUUGACAUUUAUUUAUUGACAGCAGCAGUAGCCACAAAAAGUGUUGACACCUCCAACUGGUGGAUAAGCAAAGGAAUUUCUGGUUAAAAUCCAGACUGUUUACUAUUUAAACAAGUGUUUUUUGUUUGUCAAAGCAUUGGAGAAGCACAAAUAACACGAAUUUUAUGAUUAAAAAGAGCAAAAGUUGUAAAAACAAACACCAUUAUCAGCAGCAAAAGCAAAGACAAUGUCGGCCACAACACAUAUUCUAAACAGGAAUAUGCCCUAUUUGAAACAGCAAUUUUCGGCGUUACUGCGUAAUACAUCACCAGUUAUUACCCUUAUAUGUUUGGUAACCACUGUAGGUUAUUUGUUGUCGUUCAGUGAGACUGCAGUACUCUUCUUAACUGUAACGCCUGGCUACAUCUUGCCCAAUGCAGAAUUCUGGAUAUGGACUGCAUUUACGUUCUGCUUUAUAGAACUGCAUUGGUGGGAGGUUUUAGUAGAUGUUGUUACGGUUGGUUUGUGUGGUAAAAUGAUAGAACCUUUAUGGGGUCAAAUGGAAAUGUUUAAAUUUUUCGCUUUAAGCAAUUUUGGUGUGUCGAUAUUGACCACAAUUUACUAUUUGUUCUAUUACAUGAUCACAAAGAAUCCGCAAAUUUUAUUUGAUGUCCACAUACAUGGAUUGGCUGGUUAUGUGGCGGGAAUUUGUGUAGCAGUACGUCAAAUAAUGCCGGAUCAUUUAAUAUUUAAGACACGCUGGGGUCGUUUGACCAAUCGCAAUGUUCCUUUGACCGUUUUAAUUUGGUCCAUAAUACUUUGGGCUGUAAAUUUGUUAGAUGGUACGUAUCCAGCCAUGUUUGCUUCGGGCCUUUUGGUUUCUUGGGUCUAUUUACGUUUCUAUCAACACCAUCCGAACGGUCGUGGUGACAGUUCGGAAAGUUUUACUUUUGCCAGUUUCUUUCCUAAUGUUAUGCAGCCCAUCAUUGGUAUAUUAGUAAAUCCAAUUUACUUGUGCUGUUUAAAGGUGGGAGUAGUUAAACCACCCGCACCACCGCGUGUGGCAUCAGCUGCAAGUUUAUCUUCCGUAUCAAUUUCGAUGCCAGGCGUUGAUCCACAUGAUGUUGAAAGAAGACGGCAAAUUGCUUUAAAAGCUUUAAGUGAACGUCUAAAAUCUACAGAAACUUCACGGCACUCACAGUUGCCCAAAUCGUUUCCCACUGUGGCCGGAAGUGGUGGCCAUAGUCAUGGUCAUGCCCAUGGUCACGGUCAGCACCAACAUAAACAUCACGGCGGUCAUAGCCACCAUCAUGGUCACAACGUUCAUGCGAGUAGUUCUGGUCAUGGACAUUCACACGGCCACCCAAUGGGAGGACAUGGUGAAUUGCAAACACCUCCAUUCUUAGCAUCAUCAAUGGUCAGUUCUGCCUCUCCUUCCUUGCCCAUUACCACGGCUCGGUCUGAGCCCCGCAUGAUAAGCACCAUGAGUCCAAUAGCAAUACCAAUGCCAGCGCCGCCUCCCAAAACGGAAAAUUCCGCCAUAGCCACUAGUGAUAUCAAGGAAGAUAGCAGCGACAAAGCGUUACUCAUCGAUAUGGAUAACGACAACACACAGUAAUUGUAGUUUAGUAGCAAAAAAGUAAUAUAAAAGAAAAUAAAAUGAAACGAAACGAAAAAAUUAUCAUCUGAGAAUGAAAUGUUGAGUUGAUGAUGACGACGACGAUGCUGCUGUAAGUCUAGGCAGUGAUCUUAAUUUUUUUGUUUUUAUUAUUUAAACGUGUAUAAUAAAAUAGAAAUUACAUUAUAAAAGAAAAAUAUAGUACGUAAAUUUUCUUAUCUUAAACUAAA